UUGCCCGCCGGGGUCGGGCCGUCGCCCUGGCAACGCUCUGCGCCUCUCCUGGCACAGGGAAGGAGGGGUGGGUGGACUGGCGGCACUGCAGUAGCAGCGGCCGCCAUGUCGGAGCUGGUGGCCUCUCCCUCGCCGACUGUCACGACGAUUCCUCGGCCGGGCAGCGCGGUGAGCCCGACCCGCACUUACAGCCUCCGCCCGGCCUUCCAGCACAAGUUCCGUUCUUCUACCGUGAAAGAGUGCAUCCAUGAGGUGUUAAAGGAAGAGCUGACUGGUGUACAGUACACCCCUGAAGAUAUCCCACAACUCACCAAAUCCUUGUCAGAGACAAUCCGAAACAAACUGAAAGAGAAAGGAUUUCAGCGAUAUAAGAUAAUGGUGCAGGUGGUGAUCGGAGAGCAGAGAGGCGAGGGAGUGAACAUGGCUGCACGAUGUUUUUGGGACGCAGACACGGACAACUAUGCUCAUGAUGUCUUUAUGAAUGACAGUCUCUUUUGCGUGGUGGUCGCCUUCGGCUGUUUCUUCUACUGACACCGAUGGAAGAUUCAAACAAGAACAGCUGUUGUUUUGGAGACACUUAGGAAGCAGAACUGCAUUUUCUAUUUUCAAAUCUGUAGAUACUCCAUUUAAAAAAACCCACAACUAUAUGAUGCUUACAAGUUAUCAUGGACUGCUUCUUCUACAGUUGUUGUUUUUUUGUAUAUAGACCAGGCAUUCCCAACCUUGGGUCUGUAGGUGGUGUUGGGACUACAACUCCCAUCAUCUCCAGCCACAGUGGCCAAAGACCAUUGUAAUGGUGGAUGAUGGGAGUUAUAGUCCAACAACAUUUGGGGAUCCGAGACUGGGAGCCUCUGAUCUAGAGAGAGCCUUGUAUGGCCUCAGUUGUGCAGGACAUUCUCCUUCACACGCCCUAUUGAAAUGAAUAGGAACAGCACAAGAUCACAGAAGUGCUUUUGCUCAGGCCCUGUUCACGUCCAUGGGGCUUAGAAUUGGAAUAUUUCCAUCCAGUUGGGCCUAAUAUUUACUUUUAACUGUUUAAAAUGGGAUCCAUCCAGAUACAGCCAUUACCACCAAUUGAAAUAACUGCUACAAAUUCACUGGGCAUUGCAAAGGCUACAUUCCUGUGCUGGGCCAAUCUAUUUGAAUGAAUAUAUUGAAAUGUUGAUGAGAGAUGUAAGUGAAUACACUAUCAUUUUUAGCAA